AUGGCAGGAAAGUUUUCCACAUGGCAUGCAGGCCAUCAUGAUGCCGGAAAAGGGAAAAGCAGCUUAGAGUUCUACAUCUUGAUCCACGAGCAGCAGAAAGGUCUGUUGACAUUCAGGGAUGUGGCUGUGGACUUUUCCCCAGAGGAAUGGGAAUGUCUGGAGUCCUCCUGGAGGGCCCUUUGCAUUGAUGUGAUGAUGGAGAAUUAUAACAAUCUGGUUUUUGUAGAAAAACAUCAAUGUGGUGAACGUGUCAAAGUCUUGAGUAAAGGAUCACAGCACACUGGCUAUCACCCUGUGAAUAUCCAAGAGAGGUCACAUAAAUGUAAUGAGACUGGGAAAACAGCCUAUAAAAUUGUCCAAUGUACACCUUAUAACACAAGUGAUCUUACAAAGAACUGCAACAAGAAUGGAUGUCGUAACAGGAGGGAAGCCUCUACUGAUUCUACAGUCCUAAAGAAUGAUGAAAGUGGGAACACUGGUGAAGAACUUCUCAAGUACAAAGACUGUAAGAAAUGGUUAAAUGUGUGUCAAAGAAUUAGUCAAAGAGUUCACACUAGAGAGGAACACAAAAUUACAGACUAUGGUAAAUCAUUUGACUCUAAACAUAUACUGAUGCUGAAACCAAUCUCUAGUAUAGAGAAAACAUACCAAUGCGAGAAAUGUGGAAAAUGCUUCAUGUCAUAUUUGAGUUUCAGCAAACAUGAUAGCUCUCAUUCUGGAAAGAAGUCCUAUCAAUGUAAAGAAUGUGGUAAGUGCUUUAGCACAUUGUAUCAGAUUGAAAACCACUAUAAAUUCCAUCGUAGAGAGGGACCUUACAAAUGUAGUGAAUGUGGAAAAUGUUUUAUUCAGAAAAGCAAACUUGGGGCACAUCAGAGAAUAUGUAUGAAACAAAAAACUUACAAAUGUAAUGCAUGUGAGAAGUCUUUUAAAUGUGUAUAUCAUCUCCAAGUGCAUGAGAGAAUUCAUAAAGGAGAGAAACUUUACAAGUGCAGCGAAUGUGAGAAAUCCUUUAUGUUUGCUUCUCAUUUUAAAUUACAUCAGAGAAGCCAUACAGGAGAGACACCUUACAAAUGUAGUGAAUGUCAGAAAUCCUUUACACAGGCUUCAAAUCUUAGGAAACAUCAGAUCAUUCAUAGAAGGGAGGAACUUUGCAAAUGUAGUGUUUGUGAGAAAUCCUUUACAUGUGUCUCACAUCUUAGACAACAUCGGUUAGUUCACGGAGAGAAAGCUUUCAAAUGCAGUGAGUGUGAUAAAUCAUUUACACAUGCCUGUUUUCUUAGAGUACAUCAGAGAGCUCACACGGGGGAGAGACCUUACAAAUGUAGUGAAUGUGACAAAUCCUUUGCGAGCAUCUCUCGUCUUAGACAUCAUCAGAGAAUUCAUACAAAACAUCAACCUUACAAAUGUAGUGAAUGUGAGAAAUCCUUUAAAUGCGCCUCUUACUUUAGAGUGCACCAGAGAAUUCAUGUGGGAGACAAACCUUACAAAUGUAGUCAAUGUGAGAAAUCCUUCACACAGAGUUCAAAUCUUACACAACAUCAGAGAAUUCACGCAGGAGAGAAACCUUACCAAUGUAGCGAAUGUGAGAAAGCCUUUACACGUUCUUCUCAUCUUAAAAGACAUCAGAGAAUCCACAGAGGAGAUAAACCUUAGAAAUGCAGAGAAUGUGAAGUAGGCUUUACUGAGUGUUUAAAUUUUAUAAAACAUCAGAGAAUACAUAAAGGAGAGAAAAAAUGUUAA